CCGCGGGUGCGGCCCGUGCCCCGACCAUCCCAUCGUCAUCCGGGCGGUCGGGAUGUAGAGCUCCGCAAUUGCUUAAGCCCAAUCCGUCUUGCUCCUCAAACACGCAUUUGUAUCUUUCAGAACCUUUGGGCGACAGCGACGAGGUACAAUUUGGAGCGAUACGCGCAAUAUUCACAGUAA